AUGUCUGGAGGAAAGCCCCGUGGUCUUAACGCGGCCCGCAAGCUGCGCAACAACCGUCGCGAGCAGCGUUGGUCCGAUCUUCACUACAAGAAGAGGGCUCUCGGCACUGCCUUCAAGUCCAGCCCCUUCGGUGGUUCUUCCCACGCCAAGGGCAUUGUGCUCGAGAAGGUCGGCGUUGAGGCCAAGCAGCCUAACUCCGCUAUCCGCAAGUGUGUCCGUGUCCAGCUCAUCAAGAACGGCAAGAAGGUCACUGCUUUCGUCCCCAACGAUGGUUGCUUGAACUUCGUUGACGAGAACGACGAGGUCCUCCUCGCCGGUUUCGGUCGCAAGGGCAAGGCCAAGGGUGAUAUUCCCGGUGUCCGCUUCAAGGUCGUCAAGGUCUCUGGUGUCGGUCUCCUCGCCCUCUGGAAGGAGAAGAAGGAGAAGCCCCGCUCUUAA